GUCCUGUCAGUUCCUAUCUUAUUCCAUGAAAAAGCUCCAGCGGGUUCCCCUACGCAACGUAGUCUCGUGGUUCAAGAGGGACCGCCAGCACCAGCAGGAGAUUCCGCGAGCAAUGAAAUAUCGACCGCGAGGAACAGCGGGGCGUCCGUGCCGCCACCGGACGGCGGCGCCGCAUGGCUCGUCGUCGUAUUCGGCUUUUUCGCACACGCAGUGAUCGACGGGAUCAUCGUGAGCUACGGGAUACUGAUGGUUGAACUGAUGAAGGAGUUUGAUGGUUACGGACGCGCAGUCGUGGCUGGGAUCGGUUCCCUGAUGGUCGGGAUUUCUCUGUCGAUCGGUCCCGUUUCUGCUGCUGCGGUGAAUCGUUUCGGGCUUCGAAGCUGCGCUCUGUUCGGGUGUUUGACAGGGGCCUUGGGCAUAUUGCUGAGUUCGUAUGCUCAGCACGUUGCGCUCCUGUUUAUUUUCUACGGAAUCAUGUCUGGUGCCAGUGUGGGCAUGGUCAUUAUGACAGCCGUCGUCGCUCCGAGUUUCUACUUUGAAAAGCGUCGCGCUUUGGCCACGGGCCUGGCCACGUGUGGUUCCGGGAUCGGCAUGCUCGUCUUCCCACCGUUGCAACAAAUGCUCUUCCAAAGCAUUGGCUGGCGGUACGCACUCAUGAUCGACGCGGCACUUGUGGCCACUGUGUCGCCGUUGUGCGUCUCUAUGCGUCCAUUGAACCUUGUGAAGCCAUUGCCGAUCACCGAGUCCAUCAUGAGCGUUUUUCCCGUGGAUGGACGAGAUGGUGUUACGACUGACGUGAAAAGUGACUCGGCGCAUCAGAAAGCCGGUGAUCGAGCCAAAGAAAUGACCAGCUCGAAUAUUUUCGAGCAUUGUUUGACGGGAGAUGACGAAAUCUGCAAGGCAUUAGGAGCGAAAGAGUCGCUCAAAACUCUUUAUCGUCGCACAUCGACGCCUCACUUAUUGGAAAACAAGCUGAAUGUUAGCGGCGGAACAAGUACACUUGCUGCUGCUGAUUCUCAACGGGUCUCCGAAAUAUCAAAAGCAAUGGAUUCAGAAAGAAAAGAUUUUAUCGCCUUUCCGACGGAUUUUACCUCCUGCAAGUUGAGAUCACCCACCGGAGCCGAAAUUACUUGCCAGAAAGUUGAUGAAUUGGCUGCUUCAGUUUCUGUUCAUGAAACAGAAAGGUUUGAGGAGAGCAUAGCUUCGGAUAUAAAAGCUCCAAACCUGAAGAAAGGCGACGAUUCGGAACCAUCAAUCGCCAAUCCACGACUGGGAGAAUACAUCUUGGAAAGUGGCACCAAGCCCUUGACUCAAGGAACCAUCCUGAAAGAGCUGAUGUCGAGAUAUCGGGCUCAGACAGUUCCUGGUAUGACCAAUACGGGAUUAUCGACACCAGCUGCGAGCAAGGGAGAAACUUCUCAGUUGUCUCCCAAUGCUUUUGAAGUUGGGCGACGAAAUCGGUCCAUGAUUUCUAAUGUGACGAACUUCAGCACCAAGAUCUCCAAGCCCUUGUUCCGGAAAGAUAUUUUUUAUACUGGCAGCAUUCAACAUUUGGCCGAAUUCCAGGAAAAGGGUUCAAUGACUGCUUACCGGGAUUCGGUGAUAGAAGUUCCGGACGCAGCGUUGAAGGAGUUGAUCCAAGCUGAAGUGGUGCUGGACGUGGAACAAACGGGAAAACCGAUGCGAUUUGUUGCG